AUGGAUGCUUCAAAAUCGAUUUCUUUACAGCUUCUUAGUCAAUUUUAUCGAUAUGUUUUAUCACUGCGUCAUGUUUUAAGAUAUCGUUUUAAAAAUUGUGAUGAAGAAUGGUUAAAAAGAAUUGAAAAUUUACCUGUUUUAUCUUCUCUUUUAGAUGAUUGUAUUGUUUGCUUUAAUGAUAAAUGUAAAAUGUCACCUCUUAAAUCUAAUAUUACUACAAUAGUAUCAUCUCAAACAGAAGUUGUUAAUUCUGUUAUUCGAAGGAUUUUUAUAAGGUCUCGAGGGAGGCCUACUAAUAUUAUUUCCCAGGGCUAUAGAAGAGGUAAUGAUACUAUACAAACUGCUACUGCUGGUGCAUUUGGAGAUGCUAUUGUAAAUUAUUUUCCAAAUAAUCAUGUUACAUUUCUUAGAUCUGAUAAUUGGGAAACACUUUUGCAAUUUGUUGGUGAUAGAUUUAUGGUUGAUCUUUUGCUUGAAACAAGUAUGUUUAUGGCAUUACCUCAAGAUAAUUAUUUUCAGUUCUGUGGAAUUCCAUUAUAUGAAGUUAGUCCUCUUAUAAGUCUUAAAAGAAAAUGUUUUUUGUUAAAAAAUUGUGCUAAAAGACUCAAAACUACUUGUUUUUCUGUGUUAUAUGAUAAUUCUAGUGAAUUUUCUAAAAUACGUAAAUUUGAUGAUAUGGAAUUACCAGACAUUGUAUCAAGUGAUGAUUCUUGGCCUAAUAUGCGCUCGUGUAAUGACGUUAUGAUAAUACGUUCUAAAAUAUUUUAUGCUCGACCUGCGUAUAAUUCGCAUAACAAAAUUCUAUUUGGGCUUUAUCGUAUUCAUCCAUUGAGUCGUUUCAAUGAUUCAACUAAUUUAUCACAUUCUAUUUCUCUUUUAGUUGAUAUUUUUCCGCGGCAAUUUCAUUUACAUAAUGUUUUUACGUCUAUUGUUGAUCGAAAAGAUACUGUUCAAUUCUUAAAAGAUUAUACAGUAAAAGUUUGUAGUUCAUUUCAUGCUGGAAAUAGAAGAAUUUCGGUUCCAAAAAGGUUAAGGAAGUUUUUGAAGAUUCUUCCAGUUUUGCAAAGGAGACAUAAAUUAUGUUUUUAUAAAAUUAUGUUAGAUUAUUAUUGUCCUAUUAAAAAAUAUUAUUUUGAUAUAAAUCCCUCUGAUAUGAAUCAAACUUAUAUUGAUCGACAUCAUGAGUUAUUAGAUAAUUAUUUAAAUACAAGGAAUAUGCAAGUGGAUAUUGAUUUUAUUGCAAUGACAACUCCUUAUUCUCAUGUAUCGUGUUUUUUAAGGGCUAUAAUGAAAAAGAUAAUUCCAAGGGGGUUUUAUGGUUCUGAUUCAAAUUUUGAGAAUAUUCUUGACAGUAUAAAUACGUUUGUUCGUAUGAGAAGAUUUGAAUCUAUUUCUCUUCAUAGUUUAAUGCAUUCUUUGAAAGUUAAAACUGUUUCUUGGCUUGAAAGUGAUAGUAAUCAUCGUAUGUCUUUAUGGGAUUUUCAGAAAAGAGUUAGUAUAUUUUCAGAACUUGUAUACUGGACAUUCGAUUCUUUAUUGAUUCCUUUAAUUCGCUCACAUUUCUAUGUUACUGAAAGUAGUGUUUAUAGAAAUAAAGUUUUAUACUUUAGACAUGAUGUAUGGAAAAGUUUGUCAGAACCUCAAAUAUCUCGCAUUAAAUCUUUAAUGUUUGGUGAUUCGUUUAUGGUGAAUUUAAAAGAAAUUAGUAGCAAUUUUUAUUUAGGAUAUUCUUAUAUACGACUUCUUCCGAAGGAAAUUGGUGUAAGACCUAUAAUAAAUUUAAGAAAGAAGCAAAUUAGAGUAGUAUAUUUUGGAAAUAAACGUUAUAAAAAAAUCAUUUCUAUGCCUAGUAUUAAUUCUAUGUUAAAUACUGUAUUUUAUGUAUUGAUGUUUGAAAGAGAAAGAAGCUUUGAUUGUUUAGGAUCGUCUUUAUUUUCUAUUAAUGAUAUUUAUAAAAGUAUUAAGAUGUUUAAAAAGUAUAUCAAUAGCAAUCAUUUGCAGAAAAAAAAACUUUAUUUUGCAAAAGUUGAUGUUAAAAAUUGUUUUGAUACUAUUGAUCAAGAUAAAGUUCUAGAAUUAGUAAUUAAAACUUUACAAGAAGAUGAAUAUAUUUUGAGAAGAUUUGUUUUAGUUACACAGAAUCUUGGAAAAUUUAGUAAAAGAUUUAUUGCUAAAGCAGGUUCUUCUGAUGACUUGUGUUAUUUUAAAAAAUUUGCGGAUGAUAUUAGUCAUUUGUAUCGUCAUUCUGUUAUUGUUGAUAAGGUUGUUCAUUCUUUUAAAGAUAAGGAUGAUAUAAUUAAACUUUUAUAUAAACAUGUUAAAGGGAAUUUGGUUAAGAUAGGAAAAAAAUUUUAUAAACAAUUAAAAGGUAUUCCUCAGGGGUCGAUUUUGUCUACAAUACUUUGUGCAUAUUUUUAUGGAAAUUUAGAGAAAAAAUAUUUAAAGUUUAUUCAACAACCAAAUACUAUUUUAUUAAGGCUUGUUGACGAUUUUCUUUUAAUAACUUUAGAUAAAACUAUUGCAAAGAAAUUUUUGGAGUGUAUGCAUAAAGGAUAUCCUGAAUAUAAUUGUUAUGUUAAUCCUGAUAAAAGUCUUGUAAAUUUCGAAGCAAAUGUAGAUGGUUUUAAAGUAAAUCGUUUGUUAGGACGUCGUGAAUUCCCAUAUUGUGGGAAUUUAAUAAAUAUGGUUACUCUUGAUGCAUGCUAUCACUGUUGUUUUUAUAUUACUAAUAAUUUGUUUUUAGAUAUUGAUCAUACAUUAACGGUAGAAUAUUCUCAUACUCCUGGAAAUUCUAUAUUAAUUAAGUCGUUUCAAUUGUUGAAAUUAAGUGCUCAUCCGUUAUUUAUGGAUACUGAUUUUAAUUCUUAUUAUACUGUUUUAUUAAAUAUAUAUAGUUCAUUUAUUUUUUGUGCUAUGAAAAUGCAUAGAUAUAUGAAAGUAAUGAAAGGACAAAGGCCAAAUCAAAAUAAAAUAUUAACGUUCAUUGAAGAAUGUUUAAAUUUCAUGUUGUCAUAUCUUAAAAGUAGAGAGUUAACUACUUUGCAAGUUAGAUGUUCUGUAAAUUUUGGCCAUGUAAGAUGGCUUGCAUUUCAUGCUUUUUGGAAAAUAUUUCGGAAAAAACAGACUCUUUAUCCUAAUGUUUUGUUUAAAUUAAAUUUGUAUUUAAGUUGCGCAAAAAAGUGUCGUGAUUUAAAAGUGCUUUCUAAGAUUAUUUCUCCUCAAAAUUUAGAAUCUUUUGAAGCAUUUGUAUAUUAA